UCUCUCUCUCUCUCUCUGUCACACGUCUCUCCGUCUUUCUCUCUCUCUCUCUCUCUCUGUUUCUUUUUCCCCUUUACGAGGACCAAAGUUAUUUCAGGAUCUGAGGAGAAGGUGUUUUUUGAUGAUCUCUCUUCUCUGCCAUUCAGGGCCCUCUAUAGGAGGGGCCGGUCUCAGUGUGUAGCGUCCCUUUUCUUCUCGGAACAAUGGACGUGUUUUUCCGUCGUCACUUCCGGGGGAAAUGUGGCGCGGCGGGGCGGCGGCGGCGCAGCGGCAUGGCGGUGCCAGCCAGUAAAGUGCGGCGGCGUUCGAGCGCCGGUUUGCCCUCUGCAGACCUCAUGCAGAGACGUAGGUCCAGCCUCCAACUUCAGGCAAACGCUGUGGUCAGUAAAACACAUUGCAACGUUUCAGCUCAGCUGCUCGGGCCGUCGCUCCUCCUCGCCAGCGUCAUCCAGAUGAGUGACAAGAAGGAGACGGAUGAAGGAGUGGAGGGAGGACGAGCCUCUGCCUCAGACUCCCUCAGCACCAGUAGCUGGGAGGAGCCUGAGGAACCGGAGUUGGAACCCAGUUCCUCGUGGUUAACUCAGAGCAUGUUAAUAUCUGAGCGAAUUCAGCCCCGCCCCUUUCUCCGCACACCGCGGUGUUUACGCCGAAACUCCUCCCACCUGCUCCCGGCAGAGGCGGUGUAUCACAGUCCUGCCUUCUACGGGCUCUACGGGCGCUACCGGAGAACCAGCCAGGUGUGGAGGGCAGGGAGCGUGGGGGCGGGGCCUGUGUGGGCGGGGAGGAGGAGCUCUGUGGCAGCUCAGCCUUACAGGACGGGUGCCCCCUGGUGGCAGGGCAUGUGUUACAACCCCGAGACGGACACAUGGAGCGGGUUCCUCUCGAAGGCCAUCGCCAAAUCAGGUCUUCAGCAUCUCCCCUCUCAGCCCAGCACUUCACUACUGGCCAAGUGUGACUCAAACAGAGAGAUACGAAGCAACGUGGACUGGAGUGAAUCAGCCCUGUAUGGUGAGCACAUCUGGUUCGAGACCAACGUCUCCGGAGAUUUCUGUUACGUCGGAGAACAGCACUGCUACGCCAAGACACUGCAAAAAUCUGUUGCUCGUAAGAAAUGUGCAGCGUGCAGGAUCGUCGUUCACACCAUCUGUAUAGAGCAGCUGGAGAAGUUAUCUCACAGGAAGUCUUCACUUCAGGCUGAGUGGUUUGAUGGACUACCACACAAAGAUCCAGCUUUCAGAAUCAACUUCAGGUGUAAACCAUCGUUCAGGGAAUCCGGCUCUCGGAACAUUCGGGAGCCGACUGUAGUGAGGCAUCACUGGGUCCACCGACGGCGACAGGAGGGGAAGUGCAAGCAGUGUGGAAAGGGAUUUCAGCAGAAGUUCACUUUCCAUAGUAAAGAGAUUGUGGCCAUCAGCUGCUCCUGGUGCAAACAAGCCUACCACAACAAGGUGUCAUGCUUCAUGCUGCAGCAGAUCGAGGAGCCAUGUUCAUUAGGAGCUCAUGCAGCUGUUAUAGUUCCUCCUACAUGGAUUAUACGAGUCCGCAGACCUCAGGUACAAACACUCACACACACACACACACACACAUCAUUUCAGUGUUUCCAAUUAAAAUACCACAACAAGGUGUCAUGCUUCAUGCUGCAGCAGAUCGAGGAGCCAUGUUCAUUAGGAGCUCAUGCAGCUGUUAUAGUUCCUCCUACAUGGAUUAUACGAGUCCGCAGACCUCAGUACCACAACAAGGUGUCAUGCUUCAUGCUGCAGCAGAUCGAGGAGCCAUGUUCAUUAGGAGCUCAUGCAGCUGUUAUAGUUCCUCCUACAUGGAUUAUACGAGUCCGCAGACCUCAGUACCACAACAAGGUGUCAUGCUUCAUGCUGCAGCAGAUCGAGGAGCCAUGUUCAUUAGGAGCUCAUGCAGCUGUUAUAGUUCCUCCUACAUGGAUUAUACGAGUCCGCAGACCUCAGUACCACAACAAGGUGUCAUGCUUCAUGCUGCAGCAGAUCGAGGAGCCAUGUUCAUUAGGAGCUCAUGCAGCUGUUAUAGUUCCUCCUACAUGGAUUAUACGAGUCCGCAGACCUCAGUUUCAGGGGUCCAAAAUCAUCCAGUCGUUUAUAUGGUAUUUAAAUCCUCGGCAAGUUUUUGAUCUGAGCCAAGGGGGACCCAAAGAAGGAUUGGAGAUGUACAGAAAAGUUCACAACCUUCGUAUUUUAGCAUGUGGUGGUGAUGGAACGGUCGGCUGGAUCUUGUCCACUUUGGAUCAGCUGCAGCUGAACCCUCAACCUGCUGUAGCUGUACUACCUCUGGGAACCGGAAAUGACCUCGCCAGAACCCUCAACUGGGGCGGGGGUUACACAGAUGAGCCAGUGUGUAAGAUCCUGUCUCAUGUUGAAGAUGGGAACAUUGUGCAGCUUGACCGCUGGAACCUGAUUGUGGAGUCGAACACAGAGGUGGAGCAAGAGGAGAAAGAUGAACAGGUGACGGACAAGCUUCCUCUAGAUGUUUUUAAUAAUUACUUCAGUCUGGGAUUUGAUGCUCAUGUUACGCUGGAAUUUCACGAAUCUCGAGAGGCGAACCCAGAAAAAUUCAACAGUCGCUUUAGAAACAAGAUGUUCUAUGCCGGGACGGCUUUCUCAGACUUCUUGAUGGGGAGCUCUAAAGAUCUGGCUAAACACAUUAAAGUAGUGUGUGAUGGUGUCGAUUUAACAUCUAAAGUCCAGGAGCUGAAGCUGCAGUGUUUGGUCUUCCUCAAUAUCCCCAGAUACUGUGCAGGCACAAUGCCAUGGGGGAACCCAAGUGAGCACCACGACUUCGAGCCUCAGCGUCAUGAUGACGGUUACAUUGAGGUCAUCGGCUUCACCAUGACAUCACUGGCCACUCUGCAGGUAGGAGGUCAUGGGGAGAGGCUGAAUCAGUGUCGUGAGGUGACACUGACCACCUAUAAGUCCAUCCCCAUGCAGGUGGACGGAGAACCGUGUAAACUCGCCCCUUCUACCAUCCACAUCUCUCUCAGAAACCAGGCCAACAUGGUGCAGAAAACCAAGAGGAGAACCUCCAUACCACUGCUCAAUGAUCAGCAGCCGAUCCCAGAGCGAUUACGGAUCCGAGUGAAUCGAAUCAGCAUGCAUGAUUAUGAAGAUCUUCAUUACCACAAAGAAAAACUUAAAGAAGCAUCAAUCCCAAUGGGGCUCAUCGUCAUCCCUGGAGACAGUGACCUGGAAACUUGUCGAGUACAGAUUGAGAAACUGCAAGAGGACUUUGUGUCAUGUCACCCAUCUCUGGUGCGAGUGCUGCUGCAGGCAGGUGAUGAGACCAAAUCCAAAACACUGUCGUGUCAGAGACUGUCUCCAAAGUGGUGCUUCCUGGACUCGACUACAGCAGAUCGAUUCUACAGGAUUGACCGAGCGCAGGAACACUUGCACUAUGUAACAGAAAUCUCUCAGGAUGAACUGUUUAUUCUGGACCCUGAGUUGGUCCUGACUGAGAAUGUGAGCACGUCUCCUGGAAUGCCCGACCUGGUGGACUCAUCUACAGACAUCUCCACAACUCAACACAAAUUUGCCUUCCCAUCAUCCUCGUCGUCUCCUCCCUCCUCUCCAACACCCAGAAUCGCUGAUGUGCAGAAAGACUCUCAGAGGAAACGUGUGUCCAGUGACAGCUCUGUGGCUGAAGCUCUGGCACACAGCGACUCAUUCCAAACAUCCAAGCCAGCACUGAGCAGGGCAGGGGGUGUACACCGCUCUCACACCACCGCCGCUGAUUUCAAUCACACUAACAGGUCAGACAAGAAUGCUGUGAGCAUCAGUGUUCCAGUAUCAGCUGAUGUGCUUAUUGAGUGUGUGAAGAAUAAGGACCAUCAGAGGCUGAAGGAGUUCCAUAAGCAGGGGGCAGAUCUGUGUGUCCAAGACUCAGCAGGUCGUACGUUACUCCACCAUGCAGUGGAUGCAGCCAGUAAAGAAAUUGUCAAAUACAUCAUUGAUAACGCACCCACCGAUAUUCUGGACGUGACUGAGGCAGAAAAUGGUGAGACGGUGUUGCACCAAGCAGCCUCGUUGUGUCAGAGGACGAUCUGUCACUACUUAGUGGAGGCAGGAGCUUCUCUGAUGAAGACAGACAUACAGGGGGACACUCCAAAGAACAGAGCAGAAAAAGCUAAAGAUGCUGAACUAGCGGCAUAUCUGGAGAACCGGCAGCACUACCAGAUGAUCCAGCGUGAGGACCAGGAGACAGCAGUCUGAUCUUUAACACGCACACCUUCCUUCCCCCUCUGGAGUCUGGAGUCGUCUACAUGUGCCAAACUAAUGAGAAUGGACUAGUCCAUAAUGGAAAGUUCCUCUUCAUGGGGGGUGAAAACUUAAGUUCUAACCAACUCUAGCGCUAAAACACGAUAAAGAUCUGCAAGUGUACUGGCAUGACUACAUUUCCAUCUAUCAGCGUGUGUGUGUGUGUGUGUGUGUGUGUGUGUGUGUGUGUGUGUGUGUGUGUGUGUGUGUGUGUGUGUGUGUGUGUGUGAAGUUGAUGCGAGAUUUCUGCAGCACUCAUCACACAGUUCAGAGUUUUAAUGCCGAUGCUUUGGUGGUGUUCUAGAUGAUGAUGAGGGAUGAUGAUGAUGAGCUUUGCAGGAUCUAACAGACAUUUCAGACGCGUGAUGGUUUCCUGUUUGCUGCGACUGAGUGGACGCGUGUUGAAAGCGUAGGGUUUAGGAAGUGUUUGCUGACUUUCAGCUCUUACUGCACUGAAAACAUUUUGAGACUGUAGUAGCUGUUUUUUGCUUUGCUUCUUUCAUUGUUUUUUUUCUUCUCUCUUCUAGAAAGGUUUCCUUCUAUUAACUCUUGGUACUGUAACUGUAUCUGAUGAGGUUCCUGUCUGAGGAACCUGUGCACUGUAGCUCUCAUUGCUUUCUUUAUUCAUCAGUUUCUUCAUUUAUAAUUGUUGUACUAAAGUUGUGGUUUUGUUUGUAAUGCCCUUUUUAAUAGUAAAUAGAUGUUUAUAUAAUUUAUCACUUAAA